CAUCGCCUUCCCCGAUCUGUGCUCCCCAAGCUCCAAGGCAAACGCUGGGGCUCUCUCGGGCUCGGCAAGAGGCGGCGGUUACAUCUUGGCCGUUCUCGGGGAGGAAUGCGAUGGCGAUGAAAGAAUAAGAGAUGAAUGAUGGUUAAAGGAACCAGGAAUUCCUGUGCCACUUCACUAGACCUUGUUGAAUUCACAAAACAAUCAGGCACUCUUUGUUGUUGCCUGUGCUGGGUGGCCAUACCGACUACCUAAAAGGGCACCCACGAUUGCUAUAACUAAAUAACUUAUAUUCGUACUCCGUACUUCGUUAACAGUCCAAACCCGUCCAACGCACCGACCCCUCCCUUUGAUUGCUUACCCCUCCCGCAAUCGGAAUCUAUCUCCUUGACAACCGUCAACGGUCAACCGUCGAUUGAACACCACCCGAACUCUCAAACCAUCGACCAUGUCGCCGACAUCACCCACCCGGUCCCUUUUCGGGUCGCUGAGGGACAAAUUGUCAUCCAAGAAGAGCCGCUCUCGGUCGCCCAGCCCGAACCCGUUCGCGACAGAAACCGGGAAUUACACUCCGGCCCCGCCGCCGAGCAGCACCAAACCGGGAGUCAAUGAUGCACCUCCGCCGCCCUACUCGGCAGUCGCCCCGGCCAACGUCGCCGGGCCGUCAACCCCCAUCAUCACCCUCAACGCCCCAGCCCCCCCGCGGCAGGCGUCCCCCGCGCCCUCCUUCGCCUCGGCCCGCUCCGACCCCAGCAUCACCUCCCGCGAGGACCCCUACGCCUUCCUCUCCUCCUUCGACACCAUCUUUCUGAUCGACGACAGCGGCUCCAUGGCCGGGCGCUCGUGGCGCGAAGUCAAGGAAGUCAUCUCGGGCAUCGCGCCCGUGUGCACGUCGCACGAUGCUAACGGCAUCGACGUCUACUUCCUCAACGCGCGCGACACCUCGUACGGCAGCAGCCGCGGCGGCGACAACCCGGCGCAGGGCUUCCGCAACAUCACCACGCCCAAGCAGGUCGAGGACCUGUUCAAGCGGGUGCGGCCGCAGGGGGCCACGCCGACGGGCACGCGCAUCAACGCGAUCCUCAAGCCCUACCUGCGCGAGUACGAGCGCGCCGCCGCGCGCACGGGCAACCCGGACGACUGCGGCGUGAAACCGGUCAACAUGAUCGUCAUCACCGACGGCGUCCCCACCGACGACCCGGAGGCCGUCAUCAUCAACCUGGCCAGGAAGCUCGACAACCUCGACGCCCCGCCCCACCAGCUCGGCAUCCAGUUCUUCCAGGUCGGCAACGACGCCGAGGCGACCAAGGCCCUCAAGGAGUUGGACGAUGGCCUCGCUGAGCAGGGUGGCGGCGUCCGUGAUAUGGUUGAUACCGUCACUUGGGCUGGGUCGGGACAUUCGCUGUCGGCGGAUGCCAUUCUCAAGGUUGUGCUGGGUGCGGUGGUCAAGCGGUUGGAUCGGAGGAGGCUGAGCGGCGAGUCGAGGCGGAGUGCCCGUCACCUGGCGCCUUGAGCUUGAGCCUGCUACAUCUUGAUUGGGGGUCGAUGGGGGAUUUGGUUUUUGGUCCGGUUGCGGAGGGCGUUCGGUUGCAGGGGGUGUUGGGCGCAACGGCGGCUUGAUACCGGUCGAUUUUGUUUUCCAUUUUCAUCCCGUUCUCCUUCUUUCGCGUUAUUCUAGACGGAGGCUCUCAACAGUCACGGCUCAAGGGGGGCGGUUAGAUUGAUACCCAUCAAUACCAGAAAAGUCAUGCAUCCAU